AAACAGCCACGGUCGCAUUCGCAGCCGAAGCAGCAAAAGAAGGAGAAAAAUUCGGCGCCCACCGCCGCCACCGCUGCAAAAAAGCAGAAGCAGAAGCGCAAGAAGGGACAGCCCACAAAGUCGCUGGACCGCUCACAGGAGAAGCGGCAAAAGAUGGAGGUGAACUGA